UUUAAAAGGCAAGAGUGUCGAAGGAAAAGGACAAUCGUCGAAACCUAAUUGCCGACCAUGAGGGCGAACCUGGGAUCUUUGGUCGCGAAGGCUUACCGCGUUCGUCAAGGCCGUACUUUCUCUUCCUCUUCUUCCUCUGCUACCAAUCCUAUCGACAACAAAGGAAAAAGAUCGGUCAUCAACACAGUCAAUAAUUUAAGUAAUAUGGUCGCCUGGUUUACUGCUGGAUAUGUGUUUAAAUUUGGUUGGGAAGCGUCGGCCUUAUACAAAUCCAAGCGAAAGUCGGAUAAGUUGUGGGAAGAAUAUAGACGCGAGUUAGAACGUUAUCAUGAGGAAAGGAAGGCAGAACCGUAGCCUGCGUGGAUUAUCCGAGGAAUGACAUGUUCGGGUCUAAUACGUUUGUUGUGUAUGUUGCAAUGCUGUGAACUGAAUUAUCUAUGGUUGUAAUGUCGGAUUUAUACUUGUUUGGUCGGCUUUAUAUCAACUGGCCUCGGACUUCUCAACGUUUCUUGGUGUUAAUGAUUUCCCCCUAUCCAUCGUAUCUUUGUUUCCCACUUGACCGUGGUGGCUUUGUUAUCAUGUGUUUUGAACUUUUACUCCAUUGUUUUGAAUGGAGAGGAAAGCUAUCUCGAAUAAGUCAUGCGUAUUGUUAUGCUUGUU